UUAUUCGCGCUUAGCUACUUGUUUUUAUUAUAGGCCGAUAUGAUGGGACUGCAUUUCCCGGCAUGAACUUCGCGGCCUUGUGAUGUCAGAGGCAUAUCUACCUUGCAGGAAGCAGUGACGUUCGGCGCACAGGCGGUUUGACAGCUAAGGUUGUCGGGCCAGGGUCGGGAAGCGAGGGGCGAUGAGCAGCAUGCAGCCACGGCGGCCCGAUAGGUUUGACGGCCUAGAAUACCGCGGCACGUCGUGGGGCCGAGGAGAUGGAGACGUACCGCCUUACCAACACGGCUUCCCCGCAAGGUCAUUCAGUUCCUCCGGGGACCUGUCACAGCACUGGGUAACCACCCCGCCUGAUAUCCCGGGCAGCCGCAACCUUCACUGGGGAGAGAAAAGCCCGCAGUAUGGAGCCGAUAGUAACGCUGGCCCUGCCGCCGUCGGGGAGGAGAGCAGUAGCAGCAGCAGCGGCGAGCACCUGAAUCGAUUUGCUGGAUUUGGCAUUGGGCUUGCAAGUCUUUUUACAGAGAAUGUUUUAGCCCAUCCAUGCAUUGUAUUGCGUCGGCAGUGCCAGGUGAACUAUCAUGCACGGAAUUACCAGUUGUCUCCAUUUAGUAUUGUUAAUAUUAUGUACAGCUUCACUAAAACACAGGGCUUCAGAGCUCUUUGGAAAGGAAUGGGAAGCACAUUUAUUGUUCAGGGCAUAAGCCUUGGAGCUGAAGGCAUGCUUAGUGAAUUUACUCAUUUACCAAGGGAGCUUAAUCAUAAAUGGAAUCCAAAGCAAAUAGGGGGACAUCUUCUUCUGAAAGGAUUGGUCUAUGUUAUUGUAACUCCCUUUUAUUCAGCAAGUCUAAUUGAAACUGUUCAGAGUGAGAUUAUACAUGAUAACCCUGGAAUAUUGGAUUGCCUAAAAGAAGGAAUUGGCCGAGUACUGAACCUGGGCGUACCUUACAGCAAACGACUGCUGCCACUCCUUGUUCUCACAUUUCCCACUGUGCUUCAUGGCAUUCUUCACUACAUCAUCAGCUCCACCAUCCAGAAGUGUGUUCUGUUCUUCAUAAAGAAAAAGAGUCCUGCGCAGCUUCCAGGAGAUGGCUCAAAUGCCGUGCAAAACAAACUAGAAGAUUACUUCCCAGAACUCAUAGCUAAUUUUGCUGCAAGCCUUUGUGCUGAUGUUCUGCUCUAUCCUCUAGAGACUGUACUGCACAGGCUUCACAUUCAAGGAACACGUACUAUUAUAGACAAUACAGACCUUGGCCACGAAGUUGUCCCAAUCAACUCCCAAUAUGAAGGACUGAAAGACUGUAUAAAUACCAUAAAAAGGGAAGAAGGUGGACUGGGUUUUUACAAAGGGUUUGGCGCUGUGGUGGUACAGUAUACACUUCAUGCUAUUGUUUUACAAAUAACUAAAAUAAUUUAUUCAUCUGUAGUGCAAACUGCUAGCUAAAAGGAUGUAUCCACUGGAACAGCAUGCUUUCGCCAUCUUGUUUUAUACCUACCCAAAUGAAACAGGCAUUAUACCCGCAAAUCUGUUUCAGGAUAUGCAAUCUGGAUUUGUUCAAUGGGUGGAAACACUUGCAGAGUUUUAGAUUUUCAAAACAGAACCUUAAAUUGUUGUCCUGUUAAAAAGCAGCACACAAUGUCUUACUGCCAGUGCUGCUAAACUACAUGGCCUUUAGUAAAUGUGCAUCUUCUUUGUAAUUAUCUUUUUGGGCAUCAGAAAUGUAAAGUGAUACCUAAACUGUUUAAAUCAGUGUCCUGUUAAAUUGACAUUCUCUCUGCCAAUUAUUUGCUUACUAUUACCACUAUUUGAUAAGGUCCUGUGUAAAUAAAUGUUAAAAAAAUCAA